GAGAGAGAGAGAGAGAGAGAGCGAAGAGAGAUGCCAGGCCCAACAUUAGAUAUGGAGCCAGUAGAGCCGCAGUCUCUCAAGAAGCUAAGCUUCAAGUCCCUGAAAAGAGCUCUCGACCUCUUCUCUCCUAUCCAUGGCCAAUACGCGCCCUCUGAUCUUGAAAGCAAGAAGAUACGGAUCAGCUACAAGAUGCAUGCUGAAUAUGGAGCAGUCAGAAACUUGCCAACCCAGCCGGCUAGUCAAGUUAGUUCAACUCGACAAGAUCAAGCUUCUGGAACUUCUGAAAUACUGGCCCUUCCAGGAACUGAAAAUUCUAAAGAUAUGCAGAAAGGAGGUGAUCAAAAUGCUUUAGUUGUUGGUCCAUCAGUGCAACCAAUAAAACUAAAUGAUGCGAGUCUUUCAGAUAAAAGUGUUGCUGGGGCACUUGCUUCUCUUCCUGGUUCAUCGGAAAGAAAUCCAUCAACUUCUGCUCUAAUGGAAAGGAUUCCAAGCAAAUGGCCACGUCCUGUAUGGCAUGCUCCAUGGAAGAACUACAGGGUCAUCAGUGGCCAUUUGGGAUGGGUCAGAUCCAUUGCAUUUGAUCCUAGCAAUACAUGGUUUUGUACCGGUUCCGCAGACCGUACAAUAAAGAUAUGGGAUGUGGCAAGUGGAAGGCUAAAGCUCACAUUAACAGGACACAUCGAACAGAUACGUGGCCUUGCAGUGAGCAAAACUCAUACCUACAUGUUUUCUGCGGGUGAUGACAAACAAGUAAAAUGUUGGGAUCUUGAACAGAACAAGGUUAUCCGGUCAUAUCAUGGGCAUCUAAGCGGUGUUUACUGCUUGGCUCUUCAUCCCACCAUUGACAUUUUGCUUACUGGAGGACGUGAUUCUGUCUGCCGGGUAUGGGAUAUUCGUAGUAAGAUGCAGAUUCACGCUCUCUCUGGACAUGAUAACACAGUUUGCUCAGUUUUUACUAGACCUACGGAUCCACAAGUUGUAACUGGCUCCCAUGACACUACCAUUAAGUUCUGGGACCUUCGUUAUGGAAAAACAAUGGCAACUCUUACACACCAUAAGAAGUCUGUUCGAGCAAUGGCACAACAUCCUAAAGAACAUGCUUUUGCAUCUGCUUCAGCUGACAACAUAAAGAAAUUCAGCCUUCCUAAAGGAGAGUUUUUGCACAACAUGCUCUCCCAACAGAAAACAAUCAUAAAUGCAAUGACGGUCAAUGAAGAGGGUGUGAUGGUGACAGGAGGUGACAAUGGGAGCUUGUGGUUUUGGGAUUGGAAGAGUGGGCAUAACUUUCAGCAAUCUCAAACCAUUGUGCAGCCUGGGUCCCUGGAUAGUGAAGCUGGCAUAUAUGCGCUCUCUUAUGACUUAACUGGUUCACGGCUAGUUACUUGUGAGGCAGACAAAACCAUUAAGAUGUGGAAAGAAGAUGAGAAUGCCACUCCAGAAACUCAUCCGCUCAACUUCAAGCCUCCAAAGGAAUUCCGGCGAUUCUAAGCAGUCCUCUGCCACAUGCGUGUCUGAUGCUAUUCUAAUACUGUACAUGUAAAUUUAUUUCCAUGCUCUGCCUAGAAUGUUUGAUAGAGAUGAUCAUGUAGAGUUAAAACGGCUCUGCGCAUUAGCAGCGGUCUGAUAAAUUCAGUACGACCUAGCUG